UAUCUCUACUUACUUACAUGUUCACAUUCCUUGUGGUUUAUACAUCAAAAAUGGAGUUCAAAUUAGUUUUUCCGAUAGUUCUUCUGUCCUGUGUUUCUAUGGUGAAAGGUGACUAUAACUGUCUAUGCAAUUACGAUGUUGAACGACAAGUGUACUCGCAGCCGGAUGCGCAGGCGAACCCUAUAGGUUACUUGUACGAGUUUGACUGUAAAGAAAUUGUCCCUUACGAGGAGACACCACCAGGCUGGAGUGUUGUAGCUUUUGAACAUCAAUAUGGUUACGUGAUGGAUGACACAGCGCAACAUAUUGCUAGGCAACUGUGUCCCGGAAAUCCCCCAACAUCCGACAUUAUUACUACCAAAGCCCCAACGACGACGACGAGCUCUACGACAACUCCUUCAACCACUCGAUUACCAACAACUACUACUGCCAAACCAACAACUUCUACAACUAGCACGACAGAGUCAACAACAACAACAACAACAACCACUCCUAGACCUACAACUACAACAAAAACCACAUCUACUACCUUACCAACAACAACAAAGCCAACAACAUCCCUGUCCCCUCUGUUUCCGAAUUUCAGUCCUGAAAGGCUUGUUACGUUAUCAACACCUAAACCGAUCAUUGGAAACAUAAACUUAUGCCCGGCAAUAUUACACCAGUACACACGAGAAGACCGUGGCGCCCUCACCCAGUAUGGUGACUAUUGCUAUGAACUGGUCCCAAUUAAGACAAUCUGGGCCAAAGCAGAGAAGGAUUGUAUGGCUAAAGGCGGGGAUUUGUUUCAUGUGGAUGGCCCUGGUCUCCAGGAUUAUAUCUACAAGUGGAUAAAGUCCUACAAUUUUGACCACGCAGUGUGGACAGGGCUACACGAUGUCCGAACGGAAGAAAACUUUGAAUGGAUAUCAGGUGACCACGUGAUAUAUGUUAACUGGUACUCAGACAGGAAAGGUAAUUUGGCCAGUCAUUACAACGAAGACUGUGUGUUGUUAGUACCGUAUGCUCCAUACUAUGGUAAAUGGGACGACGUGAUCUGUGGUUCCACAACAAUGUUCGGUGAUAUAGGACAGCAAAACCCUUUCAUAUGUGAAUAUUCAAUACGACCACACCACGUCGCAACUAUUGUGGGAUAGAUUGACGGAACCUUCAUACAUGCAGACAGGAUUUUCCCAGUGUUAAAUUUUGGAAAUCUAUCUUUUUAAAUGUAUUGUCAAAAUACAAACUGAUACAUUUCGUACAUAUGAGCCGUGCCAUGAGAAAACCAACAUAGUGGGUAUGCGA